ACCGUCUGCGCCUCCGCAGACCACCGUUUCCCCUCCUUCCCCGCUGUGACUACCGACGCGUCGAGCCAUUCGCUCAGCUCGUUGCACCGAGCAGCUUGCUACUCGCGAGGACGUUGUGUCCUCUCUUCUGGACUUGAGCAUGCUCCAGGCUCGUCAGGAGCGACUCACCCUCCAUGUCGCUGCACUGCGUCGCCUUCUCGCCAUCCUCUCUGACCCUGAUCGCACCCUCCUGAUCAUCCCAGUACGACUCGGGACCUCCACGAGGGUGUACUCAGCGCUGUGGGAUUCCGGUUCUCAGGGCGACUUCAUUCACCCACGCGUGGUGAAGGAAGCCCGCUUACCCACGACAGGGUCUCCGAAUCCCAUCUUCAUUACCCUAGGGGAUGACAAGACCCAACGCUUCUUCGAUCAGACGGUCACUGACCUCCCCUUCUUCCUCACUCUCGAGCCGAUUGAUCGUUCCCCGACGUCUCGUCGCCACCGCUCCUCURCACAUUUCGAUGUGAUGGAGACGGGGUACGACGUCAUUCUCGGCACUCCGUGGUCUCGUCAGUUCCGCAGCACCAAGGCCGCCGAUUGGGCGACCAACACUCUCGUUCUCAAAACGAAGUGUGGACAGACGUAUCGCGAACCUUUCAUAGGUACCACGGCGACACCACGCCCCGAUCCUCCUCCCCCGGAGCCUUCAGUGCCCACACCAUCUCCCUCUAUCACUGUCACCUCGCCUCGGCAGUUCGCUCACUUCAUUCGACAGGACGACGUCACCUUCUUUAUGGUGGACGUGACGGAUCUCUUACACUAUGAUCCACCCUGUCCCGACGCCGAGCUCAUCCCUCUGGAGCCAGAUCCUCCCUCUAUCUCCAUGGCUCCCAUCUCUACUUCCGUCCCUCCGCCGUCCGUCGUGUCCACCGCGCCGUCGCGUACUGACGCUGACGCUGAGGAACUCGCACGAUAUACGGUUGACCUGGAGCCCGCAAUUCGUGACCUCAUCCGGGAGUACCAAGACGUUUUCCCAUCGUUGUUCUCGUACGCCAGCAUCCCACCGAUGUGUGACGUCGAGCACUCCAUUCAGCUUGUGCCUGACUAUCGUGUUCACCACCAGGCACCCUAUAGACUCUCGAUCCCCGAGGCCACCAAACUCGAGCGUCAGCUUGAGGAGCUCCUGAGAAUGGGUUUCAUUAAACAGCAACUCCCCGUGGGGUGCACCCGUCCUCUUUGCUCGCAAAGCGGAUGGAACUCUCCGUCUCUGCAUCGACUAUCGAGGGACAUCCUAGAGCAGUACGUUCUCGUCUACCUCGACGAUAUCCUGGUCUACAGUCGUACCCUUGAGGAGCACCUCAGACAUCUCCGCGACGUCCUUAACCGCUUGCGCAGACAUGGCUUCUACGCCAAGCUGAGCAAGUGCCGCUUUGCCCAGCACAAAGUGGAUUUCUUAGGACACUACGUGUCUGACCAGCGUCUCCACAUGGACGACGCGAAGAUCACUGCUAUUGCGGAGUGGCCCGCUCCCACAUCCGCCAAGCAGCUUCGCAGCUUCUUAGGCCUGACCAGCUACUACAGUAACUUCAUCCGGGGAUACGCUAGUUUAUGCCGCUCGGCACUGGCGGCACUACCUGCACGGGGCACCAUUCACGGUGCGCACGUCCAGGCUUUUCUGACAAAGCCGAAGCUCACUCCUCGACAGGCUCGCUGGUGGCACGACCUUUCCAAGUUUAGUUUCACCACUGAGCACAUCAAGGGUGAGACUAAUCGGGUCGAAGAUGCCCUAUCCCGGCGCCCUGUCCACGACCAGGAGCACAUCCAACUCUCUUCCAUCUCGAUCACCACCAUCCACCACUUGGUGAUCGACGAGUUACGCACUCAGUACUGCCACUACCCCGACUAUCGCGACAUCCACGCGACCCUUCGGAGUGGCAAGACCGUCCCGAACUACUCUCUCGGGGACAACGGUCUUGUGUACUGGCACGGUUCACAGGGCACCAGAGAGCCCCGUAUUUGCGUUCCCUCCACUGGACAGCUACGUGUCCGAGCAGUAGCAGAGUUCCAUGACCAGGCAGCUGCCGGCCAUAUGGGCUUCCACAAGACGUUGGCUCGUGUGAGCCGCCUGUACGUCUGGCCGAAGCGCAAGGACUUUGUGAAGGACUACGUCGCAGAGUGUCCCACCUGUCAGGAGGUGAACAGUGCGCACCACCUGCCUUAUGGUUUGCUCCACCCUCUUCCUAUCCCUGAGGGUCGUUGGCAGUCCAUCUCGAUGGACUUUAUCGGUCCUCUUCGUCCUCGGACCCCUCGCGGUCAUGAUGCUAUCCUGGUCGUCGUCGAGCGCUUCACGAAGCGUGCACGCUUUGUUCCGUGCCGCUAUGCCAUCAGUGCACGUGAGGUCGCCGACAUCGUGUUUGACCGAGUCGUGCGUGACCACGGCUUACCUCUGAGCAUAAUAUCUGACCGUGACCCGCGCUUUACCAGCCGAUUCUGGCGACGGCUCCACGAGGUAUACGACACUCAGCUCCGCUUCUCCUCGUCUUACCAUCCUCAGACUGAUGGUCAGACCGAGAUCACGAACAGGACUCUCGGAGAUAUUCUUCGAAAGAUUGUUCGUGACGACCAGCAGUGGGAUCUUCAUCUUGCCCACGCGGAGAUAGCCUACAACCACGCCGUCUAGCCCGCCAUGGGGAUGUCGCCUUACUAUUGCGACCUCGGCUAUCACCCUCGUGUUCCCGCGGACUUCCUUCGACCGUCCCAGCUGCACCCCGACACGA